AUGUCAACAGUCCGACCAUAUGACGAUAUUGGGUCAUUUCAUAAAUAUAUAUAUAUAUAUAUAUAUAUAUAUAUAUAUAUAUCAUAUGACAAGCUAAAUAAUGUUCGUGGGGUGGACAGUAACUAUAGAAAUCAAUAUAAGAAGAGAUGGUUACAUGGAAUACAGAACAGAAAAUUAAAAAAAAAUAUCGUACUCUGUGCUACGUGUCAAAGACUUUCAAUUUCUCCUAUGACCAACAGUCAAAUUGGUGCCUUUGACUUGAGGUAUGGGUAA